AUGAAAGGAAUCGCUCGUUCUUUUGUUUACUGGCCGGGUAUCGAUGUGGACAUAGAAACAACAGUGAAAUCUUGUUUCGUGUGUGCCCGACAAGCGCACGCUCCUCCGAAGUUCAGCGAACACCAUUGGCAAUAUCCCAAAGGCGCAUGGGAAAGGAUUCAUAUCGACUACGCUGGUCCGGUGGCAGGCUCAAUGCUGCUGAUUGUAGUCGACGCCUACAGUAAGUGGUUGGAGGUCAAGGUCACCACCUCUACCACUGCAGAAACAACUAUUGGAAUUAUGGACGAGCUGUUUUCCCGAUACGGAGCACCAAUCACAGUUGUAUCUGAUAACGGUCCUCAAUUUACGGCCGGCGAAUUCAAGCUGUUUUUGCAAAAAAGUGGAGUGAAGUUUCAUAAGCUGUCGGCCCCGUACCAUCCAGCAACAAAUGGUCAGGCCGAACGAUAUGUUCAAACGACGAAAGAUGCACUCAAGGCCAUGGGAACAACUGCAUCUAAUUUGCAAUCGAACCUGAAUAACUUCCUGCAGCAGUAUCGUUUGGCUCCACACGCAACCACCGGAGAAUCGCCUGCCAAGUUGUUUCUUGGUCGAGCCCUCCGCACACGAUUAGAUCUUCUGAAGCCAGACAGCGUUCACCAGAAAGUUACGAUAAAACAACAAGCCAAUUUCGAGCGUACUUUUUCGGCAAUUCUGUGUGAUCUGCACUACGAAAUCGACUAUGCUGGGAAACGGUAUAAGCGUCACAUCGAUCAAAUUCGUUCGAGGCUCGAUGUAAACGGGCGACUAAUGGAUGAAGCACCAGGAGCUAAGGAGAUUAGCCAGCAAGACACGCCACGAGCAACGGUUGUGUUUUUCGACGAUGAUAGUACAGGUUCGAGAGAUCCAUCAACUCCUGUAAUUCCGAAAAAUUCAAGAAGUGUUCUAGCCGAACCAUCUUCUCCAGAAUUCCACACACCAACCGGUGGCCCGGUUCAUCAAGAGGCAAAUUCACCUCCUUUCACCUUACGUCGUUCGACAAGAUCUCGCCGCCCUCCCGUGAAGUACACACCGUAG